UCUCACCCUCCACUACAUACUACUACCUAUCUUUCCCCAAAGGUUGUUUGCCUUACGACUUAGUGAGAUAUCGGGUAUGAUUCAGUAAUUUCUAUUUCUUGAGUAAUACCAUCAUUGUUUCUGGAGACUCUAUUCGUUAGAGUCUCCUUCAGGCCGCCGUCACCUUGGUCUUUGGCCAUCGGAGCUGAAUGGUUCUGCAUUCAACGCCGUCAACACCUUCACAUUUUCCCAUCUGCCACAGACUAGAUUGCUAAAGGGACAUGUUCGGUUUCUCGUCCAAACGUCCAAGGGGCCAUGAAGAGCUUGUCGAUCUUGACAGUAGCGCCAUCCCCGAGAGAAAGAAGCAUCGUUCCCUAGCUCUCCGCACGUCCCCGCACUGCUCCCAGAAGCCCACCUUUACCGAAGCUACCCAAGCUAUCUCUGAGUUCGGUUUAUCUACGUUGACGCCCGUGGAGUCUUCAGAUGAUGACGAUGGUAACGACGGGCAUAGAAAGCACGUGCGUGCCGGCUUGACACAUAGUAAGGGGGAGCUGCCCCACCAGACAACCCAUUGUCACGCUUCCAAUACGGCAAUGGAUAUAGACCACGAGAGAGAUAUGCUGCCGCCGAUCGGUGAUCGCACCCAGUACCCAUGGCCAACCAGUGCACGCGGCAAUGAGGAUAUCCAGCCAUCGCCAAUCCCUCGCAGUCUAGUUAAUCAGUAUCUGACCAUCGGUGAGCGGCAUGCUGCAACUUCCGCGUACGGAUAUUUCCCCCCAACGACGAGUAAUCAUGAUUCUACGUUGUCUACAUGUCACCCGACUUCUCACGACACAACCCUGUCUUGCUUUGAUAUCCAGCGCCUCCCCAGCCCAGUUAGUGACGGUGAAGAUGCGAUGGCAAGCAUCAAAGACACUGCGAGUGACGUGGAUAUGACCUACAACCUGUCUCGCCCUGCCUCAUUCUCUCCCUCUAUAUGGUUGGGGACAGAGCGGAGCUCACCCAACAUGCAGGAGACAAUGCCGUCAAUGGACAGUGCGAAAGAUACGCUACCGGAACCCAAGUCAAAGAGUGUGUCAAACAAGAAGAAAAUCACUAUCUCAAUGGGCUACCGGGCCGACUGCGAAAAAUGCCGGUGCAAGGUGCCAGGCCACUAUAGUCAUAUCAUUCAUGCUUAAUAUGCCUUUACGAUUCACCGCGUUUAUAAUGGUCGCCGUCACCUGUACAUUAUUCCAUUUGUAGAUACCAGGAUUGGAACGGAGUUAUCGAGUGGGCACUAAGAUCCACUAUACAUGACGUUGUUUUCUAGGCGUUUGGGAAGUUGGGGUUGACUUUGUCCAAUUUACUAAUAAGGUGGCAAUGGGCUUGUGUAUAGCGAAG